AAAUCUCCUGCCUACUCCCAGAAGGCCAAAAGCCACUCUUAGGAGGUUGUUCCUCUGCCCAUUUAGAAGUCCUAAUAAGUCUUGUUUCUCUCUUUUAUGCGUAUAAAAGGAGAAAAAAAAAAAAGAAAGAAAGAAAAAAAGAAAAAGAGCGGAGAGAGAGAGACGGACAUCGGCAUCGUCAUCAUCAUCACGCCUCCCCGGUGGUCACAUGGAAAGCGGAGCCCGCGUCCGCUGCUGCUGCCUACUUCGCCGCUUCCACCUCCUCCCCCAACUUGCUCACACGCCUUCUCCUCCUCCUCCUCCUCCGUUCUCUUCAAAUAGCCUUCUUGGAGGGCGGUUUUAGCUGGGAUUCGAUUCCACCAGAUCUGGGGGAGAGGAGGCUUUAAAUCCUUGGAUCGGCCGUUUCGACUUUUUUUUUGUGGCAAAUUGGAGAGAGACAGCGAGCGAGAGCGGAUCGAAGCGGGGAGAGGAGAUGGAGGAGAGCCUGGUGUUGCAUUGGGGGACGUUCCGGGCGGUGUUGGCCAUCCUCCAGUGGUGGGGUUUCAACGUCACCGUCAUCAUCAUGAACAAGUGGAUCUUCCAGAAAUUGGAUUUCAAGUUCCCUCUUACAGUAUCAUGCAUCCACUUUAUAUGCUCUGCUGUUGGAGCAUAUAUCGCCAUCAAAUUGGUUAAAGUUAAACCGCUGAUCGAGGUUGAUUCUGAAGACCGUUGGAGAAGGAUAUUUCCUAUGUCAUUUGUGUUCUGCAUCAACAUUGUGUUGGGGAAUGUGAGCUUGCGGUACAUUCCGGUUUCUUUCAUGCAGACAAUAAAAUCAUUUACUCCUGCAACAACAGUCAUUCUGCAGUGGUUAGUGUGGAGAAAAUAUUUUGAGUGGCGGAUAUGGGCUUCUCUGGUACCCAUUGUUGGGGGGAUUCUUUUAACCUCCAUAACAGAGCUUAGUUUCAACAUAUUUGGGUUUUGUGCUGCCUUGUUUGGUUGUCUGGCUACAUCUACAAAGACUAUUUUGGCAGAGUCGCUGCUUCAUGGAUACAAAUUUGACAGUAUAAACACGGUAUAUUACAUGGCACCAUUUGCAACCAUGAUACUGGCUGUUCCAGCAACGCUACUUGAAGGGGGUGGAGUUAUUAACUGGUUCUACACACACCAAUCAAUUUGUUCAUCGUUGAUCAUAAUUUUCACCUCAGGAGUGCUGGCCUUUUGCCUCAAUUUCUCUAUAUUUUAUGUGAUCCAUUCAACGACUGCUGUCACUUUCAACGUCGCAGGCAAUCUCAAGGUUGCAGUUGCUGUUUUGGUCUCAUGGCUUAUCUUCCGGAACCCAAUCUCUGCUCUCAACGCCAUCGGAUGUGCAAUUACACUGUCAGGCUGCACUUUCUAUGGGUAUGUUAGGCACAAGCUAUCUCAGCAACCUGCUGUUCCCGGAACUCCAAGAACUCCCCGCACCCCCAGGAGUCGAAUGGAGAUGCUUCCACUUGUAAACGAUAAACAAGAUAAAGUUUAGCAUCACACCAUUACACAUUAAAGGAAACUCUUCUAACUAUUGAUGAGCAUCGAUGAUAGAUUUAGCAUAGAGAAGAGCAAUGUACAAGCUGUGUGGUCACCUUUAUAUCUCCAGGAACUCAAUGACCAGUUUUCAGUCAGUCACAGCUACCAUAUUGGAUGCAAAAUUUUCAGCAGCCGUGAGGGCCGUCUGAUUUUUCAUUUAUCAUGUAAUUGUUAUGGUUGUUAAAAACAAUACUCAAGAAACAGCCUUUUCUCAUUUUUCCUUUGAUUAUGUGAGCUUUAUCCUACUUGGUACA